AUGAACGUAUUUUUGUAUUACAUUCCUAAUAUAAUAAUCAAUUUGUUUGCGGUUAAUUUUCAAAUUACAUUGUCUUUAUCAUCAAUUAUUAUUACCUUAACAGGUAUAAUAUCGUUUUGCUUCUUGAUUGUUAGAUAUAAGUAUCUUACGCGAUAUUCUAAGACAACCAAAUCAACCGAUAAACCCAAGCCAUCAAAUAAAAAUAUCGAUUUGGUCGGUUCUAUAAAGAAAAAGAAGAGAGGAGAUUCGAGAUCGACAAAUUACUUAGAUGAAUUCUUAAGUGCUAUUAAGGUGUUUGGAUAUUUAGAAAGACCUGUAUUCCAUGAAUUAACUAAAAACAUGACCACACAAAAGUUAACGCAGGACGAAAUCUUAUAUCUAGAUGAAAAAUUGGGGUUUCUGAUCGUUGUAGAGGGUACAAUUCAGGUGUAUACGAAGGUCAAUAAUGCUAAUUCAAGUUCAACUUCAGACAGUGAUGACAAUGAAUUAAAUUUCGAAAAAGACGAUCUAUUAAGAAUUGGAGAUCACUGCUACCAAUUAUUGAAUGAAGUGAAAAGUGGGUCAUCACUAUCUUCACUAAUGAGUACUUUAGAUUUGUUUAAGCCGGCAUACCCUGAUACCGUGUCAAAUAAUUUAUUUUCUCCUUUUGAAUUAGAUUCCAAUCCCAAUUCAGCUCCAUUGAGUCCCGAUAACACUGGUCCUGAUAAUGCGGCUUCAAGAUCAUUCGAUCCUCUCAGUUCAGGUAAUUAUAAUGAUACAUCUUUAAAUUCGAGUGAUCGAAAUUACCCUAACAUUGUUGCAAGACCCAAGCCUACUGAAAAUUCAAAUCAUAUCAAUUCCGCAACAAUUGCAAUUAUUCCUUAUCUGGCAUUUCAAAAAGUUCAAUCUAAAUAUCCUAAGGCUACAUCACACAUUGUAACUAUGGUUAUAACUAGAUUAUACAAGAUAACCAUGAAUACAAUACAUAGCUAUCUAGGUUUAACGAAAGAAAUUAUCCAUAGUGAAAUCCAAUUAAACGAAUCUGAAAGUGCAAAAGAUAGCCUACCAAGUUAUUUAUACGAUGGAGUUAUUGAAAAAUUUUAUGGAAAUAAAAGUAAUGAAAUUGGUUUAAGCAAAACUGCCCAAAACCCUUCCGUAUCAAUAAAUAAGACAUCCAGUAGUUCUGUUUCAUUACCUAAAAAAUCGACUACAAACCUAAGGCCAUUAAAUAGGAAUCAAUCCUCAAGAUAUGUUGUGUUGGACUCUCGUUCAAAAUCAACACAUCCGGGAGACUUGCUUUCUUCUGUACCUUUGUCCAGGCGAUCUGAUUAUUAUCAAACUCAUACCACUGUUCAACCAGAGUCUGAAGAAGUUAAAAGUCAACCAAGAACUAAGAUUUCUUCUCCUGUUUUGCCCAAACGUCAAAUAUCAUCAAAUGGAGCACCCACUUUGAAAACACAUUCAUCUUCCACCACAAAAUUUGAAAAUAUACGAGAUAGAACAUUCUCUGAUGAAAGAGAAGAAACAGAAGAAACCUCCUUACGAAUUGCUAUCAUUGAAAAUAUUUUCAAAAUUUUAGGUAUUAACGAAGUUUCGAAUAUGGUUGGCAGCGUAUCAGGUUUGAAUUCAAGAAGCUCAUCGGUUAAUUCUUCAGUAGUUGGAUUGCCAAGCCUCAUGAAUAAUGGUGACGAAAAUAAACAUGUGAAUGGAAUUUUUGAUUACCAAACAGGUAAAGUAAGGUAUGAUUCAAUUAGCAGCUUUCCAACAUCGUUGAAUAAGGGUGCAAACAAUAAUUUCAAAUUUUAUAAUACCAUAAACCAAUCGCAGUUAAAAGACGUAAAUUACGAGAAUGAUAGGUCAAGCCAAGUUGACAUCAAUAAUUUAAUGUUUAAGAGAAAAUCCAUUCCCUUACAGUCGUUUGAGUCGAACUUUUAUAAUGUGAAGAACGAAUUUUCCAAGCAUUUGAAUAUUAAAUAUUUUGCUCCAAAUACCACUAUUGUUGAACAAGAUUCUUUCAAUUCAGGUCUAUAUUAUGUUAUUGACGGUACAUUGAAUGUGUUUUAUAAGCCAUCUAGUAAAGAAUCUGAAAACAUAACCCCAAUUACUAAGAAGAAAUUAUAUACUGUAAAAUCUGGUGGAUUAGCAGGUUAUUUAAGUUCUAUCAUAGGAGUUCGCUCGUUAGUGUCGAUUUCAACUCCCGAAGACAAGGGAGUUAUUGUUGCCCAUAUUCCUAAGAGCGAAUUUUCUAAACUAUUAGAUAAGUUUUACUUUUUACAGUUACCUGUUGCAUCAAGAUUGAAAAGUUUAUUAUCAAGUCAAAUCUUGACUAUAGAUUAUGCUUUAGAGUGGUGUCAUAUUCCCGCUGGGGAUGUAUUAUGUUCUCAAGGAGAUUUGGCAAACGGUUUUCAUAUUGUCUUGAGUGGUAGGUUUAGAGUUGUUAGAUACAAUAAUACCAAAAAAUCUGAAGUCAAUCCUGAUGAUAGUACGGAUAUACAUGAUUAUAAUAAUAAUUUGAUUGACGAAUCACUUAGUUAUAAGUCUCGCAAGAAAAAGGAUGAUAUAACUAUUCUAGGAGAAUACGGCCAUGGAGAAACAAUUGGUGAAGUUGAAGUGUUGACAGCUUCUAGAAGAACCAAUUCAUUAAUUGCUGUUAGAGAUUCCGAAACUGCCAGAAUUCCAAGAACUCUUUUUGAAAUGCUAUCAUUGCGAAAUCCGUCUAUCAUGGUGAAAGUUUCAAGAAUCGUUGCGAGCAAAAUGGCAUCAAAAGAAGAUAAUAUGGGGAUCUCCAGUACAUUAAGUAGUAAUGUUCCUCUCAUUACAACAAGUACAGACUCUCAUAUCUCGAAUGACUAUAAGACCAUUACAAUAUUGCCAACAGUUAGCGGCCUACCAGUUAGAGAAUUUGCUGAUAAGUUAGUCCUGGCAUUGAAGAAUAUUGGGCGUAACGUUAUCGCUCUAGACCAGGCAUCAACUUUAACUCAUCUUGGGCGUCAUGCAUUUGACGAAAGAUUAGCACAGUUGAAGUUAUCUGGCUACUUCGCAUAUUUAGAAGAAGAAUACCAAACAAUUGUAUAUGUUUGUGACACUCCAUUGAAAUCAAAUUGGACUUCAACGUGUAUAUCACAAGGUGAUUGUAUAUUGUUAUUAGCAGAUGCUGACGACGACGAUGUGGCAACAAAUAUUGGCGAAUACGAAAGAUUGCUUAUGAAGUUAAAGACUACGGCAAGAACAGAUUUAUGUUUAAUUCAUGCCGAUAAGUAUGUUGAACCUGGUUCAACUAGUAUUUGGCUUAAGAAUCGUAUAUGGGUGCAGGGACACCACCAUAUUCAAAUGGAAAUUGCUAGAAAUAAUAAUGUACAAGAAGUAAGGAAAACAAGCAUCAUUAAAAAUAUUGCUGCCAAAAUAAGUAGUAGAACUAAUCCUAAUAUCAAAUCUAGGCUUGAAAAUGUGAAAACAAAGGCAAUUUCAUCAUUAAAUAAAUUUAACAAUCGUUUGAAUCGCAGAACUCAUUCUUACAAGACAGUGCAGGCCCACAAGAACGACUUUUUGAGAUUAGCAAGAAUUUUGUCUAACGAAAGUGUAGGCUUGGUACUAGGGGGAGGUGGUUCCAGAGGUAUUUCUCAUGUUGGUGUGGUAAUGGCUUUAGAAAAGCAUGGUAUUCCUAUUGAUUUAAUAGGGGGUACGUCAAUCGGAUCUUUUGUUGGAGGAUUAUAUGCAAAAGAUUAUAACAUUGUCUCUAUCUAUGGUAGAGCCAAGCGGUUUUCCAAGAGAGUAUCUUCCUGGUGGAGAAUGGUGUUAGAUUUGACAUAUCCAGUGACAUCCUAUAUCACAGGCUAUGAAUUCAAUAGAGGUAUUUGGAAGAUUUUUGGAUCGAGCGAAAUAGAGGAUUUUUGGAUUAGGUACUUCUGCAAUUCUACAAAUAUCACAAAUUCUACUAUGGAUAUUCAUGAAAGUGGCUUCCUGUGGAGAUUUAUUAGAGCCUCAAUGUCGUUGGCUGGUUUGUUGCCUCCAAUUACAUACGGUGGAAGCAUGUUAUUGGACGGUGGUUACUUAGAUAAUUUGCCAGUCAUGGAAAUGAAGAAAAAAGGUGCAAAAUACAUCAUUGCUGUAGAUGUUGGUUCUGUAGAUGAUAGAACUCCAAUGAACUAUGGUGAUACCUUAUCUGGAUUCUGGGUCUUAUUUAACAGAUGGAACCCUUUCUCAAGACAUCCAAAUGUACCAAAUAUGAUGGAUAUACAAUUAAGGUUAGCAUAUGUUGCAAGUGUGAAUGCUUUAGAACUAGCAAAAAAGACCCCAGGCGUUAUUUAUUUAAGACCUCCAAUUGAUGACUACGCUACUCUAGACUUUGCAAAAUUUGAUGAAAUCUAUCAUGUUGGUAUGGCUUAUGCUGACAAUUUACUCACCAGGUGGGAGCAGACUGGUAAAAUUCCACCGAUUGCUGGUAUGAUUGAUAGAAAGAGAAUUAGAUCUGGUGAAGAAAGAAAAUCAUUAUAUAGAAGGAGCUCUAUAUAG